UUCUAGUUGAAAGAAGCCCAGCCCAACCCGCUGUCGCUUUCACUUUUCUGUCGGGAACUCGGAAUUGUCCCCGUCUUCCCUGAUCCCUUCGCUCCCCGAAGCAAAAGCGCAGAGCGCAUCAGCGCAGAGUAGGACAGCCAUGGCGACGGCGGCGGCGCAGUCCCAUCCGGCAUCGAUGGACGCGCGCCGGUGGGACGAGUCAUCGUACCGCCGCGGCAUCCUCCGUGCCCGCGACCUCUCGUCCCGCACCCUCUUCCGUGCCGUCUUCUUUGACCACAGCGACGACCCGGAUACCGACAUCCUACUCGCCGCCGCCUCCAGCGACGGCUCCCUCGCUUCCUUCUCCCUUUCAUCCUGCAUCUCCGCAUGUUCCGCUACCUCCCAGGUGGAGACCGCCGCCACUCUGGUAGAUCCUGUCUGCAUCGUGCAAGCGCACAGCGGACCUGCCUACGACGUCAGGUUUUACCCCGAUCAACAGCAGCCGCUGCUCUUCAGCUGCGGGGACGAUGGCCGCAUCAAGGGUUGGAGGUGGCACGAGAUGCAGAGCUGCCUUGUCCCGCUCUCCCUGCAAGGGGAUCAUCUGGAACCAGCACUUGACUUGGUCAACCCUCAGCACGAGGGUCCUUGGGGUGCUCGAUCUCCAGUACCUGAAAACAAUGCCAUUGCAAUUAAUAAACAGGAUGGAUCCAUUUUGGCAGCAGCGGGUGAUGCAUGUGCUUACUGCUGGGAUGUGGAGACCAGUAAAUGUAAAAUCACAUUCAAGGGGCAUGCUGAUUAUUUGCACAGCAUUGCAGUUCGUGAGUCAAACCGCCAGGUUGUAACAGGAUCAGAGGAUGGGACAGCUCGUAUCUGGGAUUGCAGAAGUGGGAAGUGCACUCGGGUUAUACAGCCAGGAAAGAGCAAGGCAUUUGAAAGCUCAUGGGUCAGCUGUGUUGCUAUUGAUCCAAGUGAAAGUUGGCUGGCUUGUGGCACGUCUAGCGGUAUAUCAGUUUGGAGUCUUCUCUCAAAUGAGUGCAUCUUUAAUUUGGACUGUCAUGCUCCUGUUCAAGAUUUAUUGUUUGACAAGAAUCAUAUUUUAGCAGUUGGCGCUGAACCUCUGCUCUCCCGUCUCACAAUAAACGGGACAGUCCUUUCACAAGUAAAAUGUGCCCCUCAGUCGGCGUUUUCUGUCUCCAUCCACUCAACUGGGAUAGCAGCUGUUGCUGGAUACGGAGGUCUGGUGGAUGUGAUCUCAGAAGUUGGGAGCCAUCUGUGCACAUUCGGUAGCCGGGGCCUAGACAAGUAAAUGACCCAUGAGCAUUCCUUGCGAACAGCGCGCGGAGAAUGCGAGGGCUGUAUCUCUUUGCACUGCAGUUGCACAAGUUUCAUGGAACGUUGUCGCUGACAAUGCUCUACUGAACAAAGAUAGCUAGACGGUAAAAAAAAACAUUUGAUACUAGUUCGAGCUAAACAAAGUUCUGCUCUGACAUCUCUUCAAUUGGUGCACCGGUUGCAUCCCCUCUUUAACGUA